GUCAAAUGGCGACUUUAGUGUCGUUGUUGUGUUUGAGCCACCACACGAAGGCAUCACGUAAGUGGUUCUAUCAGUCUAACUGAAGUGCCAUUUUUCCGAUAGAUGAGGUGAGGGAGCUUGUUGUCGUCCAUGUGUUCACCUUACUCGGUGCUAUUUGCUUUAUUUUUUCUUAAAGAAGAGAUCGUUGUAGUUUGUUGAGCUUGAGUCCAGAGUUCUUUGCUUUUGGGAGGACUUCUGUUGUAGAAGUAGAGACGAGAGGACGGCUGCUCUGUGGACGACGACGAGAGAUAAAAUUCAAAAAAACCUACUUUCUUAGAUGAAAGUUCUUGAAAGAGAAAGACUCCGUCAUUGUCUUUCUUAGAUGAAGAGUAAGAGAUCGACAGUGGUCAAAUUACCACCCAUGAUCUUUCUGUUGAGACACAGACUUCGGUCUCCCCAUCAACGCAUCUGUAAUUUCAGAGCGUGCCUCCUCCUCUACUCGACGGAUGUUCUUGAUGAAGAGGUCAUCUUCUAGCAGGGCAUCUUAUUACAACAAUAUCACGAACAAGCCUUCCACCGCUCCUUUGUUUUCGCAGUGAGGUUCAUGAUUCGUUGUUAUUCUCUAAUAGGUGGCAAUUUCUUUGUUGGUGAUCGCGAAAUCCUAGGUUGUGAAGACAUAGUCCAAUGACCAUUUUUCAUUUCUGCAUCACCUUUGCCAUUGAAGAUUGAGUCCUUGUAAGAUUGAGUCCUUGUAGAGUUAUAGAACAAAUUUUCAAAUUGUAGAACUUUGUUCUCAGAUAAAUAGGACAAGCUCAUCAAAUCAUCUUUGCCCCUAACAAGUAACAAUUACAUUGACUGUGAGUGUAAGUCUCAGGUGUAGUUUUCGAAGCUAAACAUAAUUUCUUUGUCUGUAGUACAGUUAACAGUACUUCACGUUUGCGUUUCUACUUCCUUGAAAGCAUUUAUAAAAAUGCCCGGCAACAAGAGUGAAGUUCACCCAGCCCUCCAGGUGGAGCUGCCAGCGGACCUGGAAACUAGCUUUGACCUACAUUGCCAUAUGAUUGAGCCAGUGGAGAUCUACGAUAGGGUAUUUAUAAUUAUUUUGAAAACUAUAUCAAAACUGAUGAUGAAGCUCAAGCUGCGAGAGUAGAUGCGGAUCAUCCGCCGUCCUCGUAAGUGGGUUUCGAUCACGUGUAAACACCAUCUUCAAGUCUAGAAUUUGUUCUUCAACAAGAGUAGAGACCCAGCACGUGCGUACCAGGUCUCGCCUGGUCGCUGAAUCAGUGUCGGCCAAGAAUUAUUUGUUCUUGACUGGGAAAUCUUAGGCACGUUGCUGAACAAGUUUAAAUCAUCACAUAGUGACACUUCUUACUUCCUCCUCGUUUUCGCUCAGGUGCUUGGUACAUUGCAGCAUAUCAUACAGGCGAACAAAGAAACCGACGGUAAGGCACGGAAAGUGCCACUAGAGGAUGAAAAAAUGAAGGUACUACUUAGUUAAAUCAUCUUUAUUCCGUUUCCAUACAUCAAGAACAUCAUAUCAAUGUCUCUGAUGAAGUCCGAUUCCAACUUACAGACUGUGUCAUGCAGGCACUCAAACACGCAAAUACUUACUGGUUUACAACGAGUAGAUCAUGAUGCUGAUCUCUAAGACUAGAAAGUACUAGAUGACACUUCUAGUUCUAAAAGAGAAACGUCGAAAUAAGAAUAUCGACAAAGGUGGCUGUGACGUCGGUGAUUACCGCCAUUGAGGCGUUGAUGUUCCUCGGAUUCGUGUAUGACAAGAACGACAAUAUCUUGGUUCUCCCGGAGGGCAAAAAAAUCGAGGAUCCGGAUAAGUGUCUCGCCAGCAUCGAUCGUGCGGCCAAGUGGUAUCAGGAGGUGUUCGGUGCGGCAAAGUCUGAUCCACGCAACGCGGACAAGGUCAACAACUUCGCGGAGAAGAACAUCACUUUUCUGAAGCGAACUCAGGCCUACAAGGAUAAAAUGGAAGGCUAUUAAUAAGUAAAUAAGAAUUGCAACAACGAGCUCGAUGAUGAUGGUCGUGAAUCCAUCAACAUUUAGAUUUACACUUACAACUUCGUUGUAGUUGAUGGUCCUCCAUCUCCAUGCCACCUACUUCUACAAUUUUAGAAUUCUGAUUGUCGGUAUUCGCGUCUCAAAUAUUAGGACUUGUUAUACAUAGAGAAGGUGAAAUAGUAUAAAUAUAUUCUAAGAGGAUGGAGUACUUCUACUUUAAUUGAAUCAGCUUCAGCAACUAGGCCAAAAAAUAGAUGAAAUAAAGGAUUGAAGACAAUGAGUAUAUCAUUCGAAAACUCGCUCUUUCUGCAUAUAAUGUUCACGUUUCUAGUUUCUGCUGAUAAUGCUAUAAUGCGCUCAUCAGAUGAUAAAUAUAGGACGAAAAUAACCAUGAUGAAGUUACUUAAGUAGAGAACGACAACGACUACAAAAAGACGCCCAAUAACAAGAACUAUGAUGAAGUCACGACGAGGACGACACAGAGUAUUUUCAUUAUGAUUGAUGGGGAUGGUGGUUACGUUGUACUCAACGCUGAUAAAAAUAUUUCUCCUCGUGAGUUUGAACUCGUCUCAAAAUGCAAAGAAUGUAACAGUAGUUGCUCGUAGAUGAGACGGUCGGGCGUGUUCUCGGAAUUUUCUUUGCUUCUCAUUCUCCGAGCAAGGUCAUUAUUUCAUGCCGAUCACCUUUGCAUAUAGUUAUAGUCACAAGGUCAAGAUGGUGCCAUAAUUCAGGAGCAGGACGAGCUGAAGCUGGCCGCAUACCCAAUCGUCAACCUAUUCAAGGAUCGGUCGAGGUUCCGAAAUAGAGGAGACACUCCUUCCAACUUUACGGCGGCCAUUGUGCUUCAACUCGACGCAAUUUCA